AUGCUGGAAUCCGGUGAGGAUUUAGGUCAUUUUUUUUCACGGUUACUGCGUAGUAGUGCUUCUUUAAAUCCAGAUAUCGUUAUGCCUCCUAUAAAUGCUAUUAAGUCUUAUAUUUUGGAUUUGUACAUGAAAGAGAAACUCAAGCUUAAACAAGAAUUGGCUACCAUUCCUAAUAGAAUUUCUUUAACUAUAGAUUUGUGGAAUUCUCGCACUCAUAAUAAGACUUGUAUCUGUUUAACUGCUCAUUUUGUUGAUGCGAAUUGGAAGUUAGUUAAUAAGGUUCUCACCUUUUGUACUGUUUAUCUAAGUGGAGAUGAGAGGUGCAAGAGAAUGAUUGAUUGUUUGAGUGAUUUUGGAAUAGAGAAAAAGAUUUUUUCUCUCACUUUAGGUGAUUCAUCUGAGAAUGACAUCUUGCAAGAACAGUUGAAAACUCAACUUGUUUUGCAGAAUGGUUUGUUAUGUGAUGGGGAGUUCUUUCGUGUGCAUUGUUUUGCACGUGUUUUAAAAUUGAUAGUCAAAGAGGGAUUAGAAUUGGUUAGUGAUGCCGUGUGUAAAAUCAGAGAGAGCAUUAGAUUUGUGGAGCAUUCUAAAAGUAGAAGGGAAAAGUUUAAGGAGUGUGUUGAAAAGGUUGGUGGUGUUGAUAGUUCUGAUCACUUGCAUCUGAAUAUGUCUAUGAGUGUGAACUCAACUUACUUGAUGCUUAAAAGUGCUCUUAAAUAUAGGCAUGUGUUUGAAAGUCUUCACACGUAUGUUGAUGAUUAUGACUUAUGUCCUUGCGGAGAAGAGUGGAAAAGAGUAGAAAAGAUUUUUGCAUUCUUGUUGCCAUUUCGGGAAACUGCUAACAUGAUUACUGGUACAACACGUCCUACUUCAAACUUGUAUUUUUUGCAAGUUUGGAAAGUUCAAUGUGUUCUAGUUGAUAGUUCGAGAGAUGAUGAUGGACUUAUAGAGGGAAUGGCUGAAAGGAUGAUGAGCAAGUUUGAGAAAUAUUGGGAUGAGUAUAAUGUUGUUCUUGCAUUGGGAGCUGUUCUUGACCCAAGGGUGAAGUUUUCGACAUUGGCUUAUUGUUACUCAAAACUAGAUGCAUCAACCUGUGAAAGGAAGUUGGAACAAGUAAAGGAAAAGUUGUACAUGCUAUUUGACAAGUAUUCUGGCAAAAGUACUUCUGCUGGCGUGCAAAGAACUAUUCUGGACCAAUCUUCUAGCAUGCCAUUGCAAAAGAAAUUGAAGUCUUUACCUCUUGGCAUGUUUGAUGAAUUGAAAAUGCACCAUCGGCAGCUUGUUACUGAAACCGGAAAGUCUGAGCUUGAUAUUUACUUAGAUGAGUCAAAUUUGGAUUUUCGUUGUUAUGAGGAUAUGGAUGUAUUACAAUGGUGGAAGAGUAAUAAUAGUCGAUUUCCGGAUCUAUCAAUAAUGGCUCGCGACUUGUUAAGUGUUCCCAUUACAACUGUUGCUUCGGAUCUUGAUUUUUGUGUGGGAUUAGGUCUCUUUAACAAGAAUGAAAAUCGUAUGUUGCAAAUAGAUAUGGAUCCCAGAUUUUGUAUUCGCAAUUGGAUGUACAAUUUCUUUUACGAUGAUGGAAUUGACGAUGAGACCGUUGAAAAAAUAAUGAAAAAAAUUGAAGGUGAUGACAACAUGGAGCAAGCAUCUAACGAUUUGUAUUUUGAAGAUGACGACGAUGGUGAUGGUGAUGAUGGUUGGAUUUUUCUUGAACAUAUAUGA